AUGAAGAAACCGAUUCUGGCCAACCUUAAAGUGUUUGGAUGCCACGCGUAUGUUCAAGUGCCUCAAGACAAACGCGCGAAGUUCGACUCCAAGUCAUCACUCUGUCGUUUCCUGGGAUACGCCGAACACCAGAAGUCAUAUCGAUUUGAGGAAGUGUCAACAGGAGCGAUCAAGAUCAGUCGCGAUGCCACAUUCAUGGAAGACAAGUUUGAUGAAGGUCCGCGCAACUACAACGAUGAGUCAAGUGUCGUUGAGUUUGAUGAUCAUGACGAGGACGAAGAAAAAGAAGAAGGUAAAACUGACGACGACAUGGACUCGAGCGACGAUGAAAACGAAGACACCAGGUCUUCGAAGAGCAACAUCAAGAGACACACGCGCACUCAAUCACUUGAGAAAGCUACCGUCAUUCCAAGUCCCAAGCGAAGAACAUACAGAGGUCCGUCGCUUGAGCAUGUGUCAGCGGCUGCAAUGGAUUUUGUUGACGGUCAUCGGUUUCUACCAGUAUUGGUAACCGUGACCGGUCCAAUCCGAACUGCCUGUUCAGCUUAG